GAAGCCGGCCUUUUAGUUGGGCCUGCCCUGGGCAGCCAUCUUGGAGGGUCGCGGUGGCCGGAGCUGGGGCAGCCGCGUCUGAAGGGAGACAAGGCGCCCGCCGGGUUGUUGAAGCGGACUCCGGCGCCCAGCUUUUCCCCCCUCCGCCCCGAGCAAAGAGGAUCGAAGAGCGAGCGAGCGAUGAGCAACUCCAGCCACAAGCGCGCCCCCACCACGGCCACCCAGCGACUCAAACAGGACUACCUGCGCAUCAAAAAAGAUCCAGUGCCUUAUAUUUGUGCUGAGCCUUUGCCAUCCAAUAUCCUUGAGUGGCAUUAUGUUGUACGAGGACCUGAAAUGACACCCUAUGAAGGUGGCUACUACCAUGGGAAGUUAAUUUUCCCCAGAGAAUUUCCUUUCAAACCUCCUAGUAUUUAUAUGAUCACACCAAAUGGAAGAUUUAAAUGCAAUACAAGAUUGUGUCUUUCCAUUACUGAUUUCCACCCCGACACAUGGAACCCAGCUUGGUCCGUCUCCACAAUCUUGACAGGCCUUCUUAGUUUUAUGGUUGAAAAAGGGCCCACUCUGGGCAGUAUAGAAACAACAGAAUUUACGAAGAGGCAGCUGGCUUCGCAGAGUUUAGAAUUUAACGUAAAAGACAAAGUUUUUUGUGAAUUGUUUCCCGACAUGGUGGAGGAAAUCAAGCAGAAACAGAAGGCCCGAGACGAUCUCCACAGCCGGCCAACGACUCUCCCGCUUCCAGAUGUCAUCCCUGACGGAGAAGCUCAUCACGGUCAGAACGGCCUGCCAAUCCUUAACGGGCACCCGCCUUUGGCUGCGGCUAACAAUCCCCUUGGCCUCCAGCAAGCUAACCGCCACCAUGGACUCCUGGGUGGAGCUUUGGCGAACUUGUUCGUUAUCGUGGGCUUCGCGGCCUUCGCCUACACAGUGAAGUACGUCUUGAGGAGCAUCGCGCAGGAGUGAGAGAUGCUCUGGAGUUUCUCCUCCUCCUCCUCCUCCUUCCAAGUCUGGAUUCUGAGACCAAAAUAACAGUAGUGGCAGGAAGGAAACGAAAACGAAACAUUUGGGACUCUGUGGGGUCUCGUACUCCCGACUGUGGGCUAACUGCUGUGAUGUGUACAGGGUUUUUUUUUUGUUUUGUUUUUUUGUUUUAAUUACUGGUUUUGGCCCAUGGAAUUAUUUUCUUCGGCGGGGAGGGGAAACCCUGCUUGGGAUUGAAAAGGAUGGGAUGGGAAUGGAGCAAGGAAGAGGACAAACACACUGUCUCCCAAGAAAAGAAGAAGGAAAAAAAAAAAAAACAGCCUUUGAAACUGUAGGAUCUAAAUUUACCGGCCUACAAAAUCCCCUUGUUUCUUUUUCUUUCUUUCUUUCUUUUUUCUUUUUUUUCAGUGCACUCUGAAUUCGUUCUAACAACCUUUGAGCAUUUGGAGAACGCGGGCUGGAAGCAUCCACUUUUAAGGCAACGUGGGGUUUUUGGGCGGUAGAGAAGACAAGGUUGGGAGAGCAUAGGCAGCCCUUGCCUGUUUUAAUAUGGGUGGGUAGCUGAGAAGGGGAGGCGGUGUAGAGGAAUAAGGGGAGCGCUCGUUGCUUCCUUAAGAUCCCUUCGAUCGCCUCGCUUGACGUGUUGGUGUCUGCUGCUGAACAGGUAUCCCAAACCGAGCAGACGUUUGCGUGAACACUAGAUCCUCGAGGAAGCAUUUCGCAUAAUAAGUUGGCGAUGGCGGGAGAGUGAACGUAAAAAAAAAUUUUUUUUACAAGUGGAGCGUGGAGCUGAAGGCGAGCGUAAAGCAUUUUGCUCUUUGGAAUCGACGUUGAGCCGUCCCCACAAAGGUUAGGAGUUUUGGUGCUAACGGAGACAGCCUGUGGUUUUUGCAAAAAAGGAUGCCGUUUUCCCGCUCUCCCAGACCAUUGGGUCAGCGGUUACUUUUCGGAGUAACGUGGUGUGUUUUUUUUUUUUAAAAAGCAGGCACGUCCUUUGCCCAAACCUCAUCACAAAAGUAACAGUUUUUCUUUUUCUUUUUUUUUUAAAAAAGAAAAAUCUGGCCCAAUAAAAACUUGCCCAAUUGCUCUUUAAAGAGAGAAAGAGAGAGAGAGAGAGAUGACAAUGAAUCGCCAGGCUCUCCUUGGUCUUUUGAUGAGCAUUUAAAAAAAAAAAAAGUUUAAAAGUUUGGUGUUCUGUGUUUCUUUUCUUUUUUUUUUUUUUUUCCAAAAAGACCCCGUUUGAGGACUUUUGGGGUUGCAAUCAUGUCGCGUUUUGUAGUUCAUCUCCAGGUUUUUUGCUGCUAUAAAGAGAAGGGGAAUGAAAAGAGUUGAGCCCAGAUGGGUGGGCGUGGGAAGGAAUUUUUCAAUCAACCCCUUCUGGGUUUGACACUUCCCCCACCCCACCCCCAAAAGCUUUGGGCUGUUGUCUGCAUUAGUCCUAGGCAGUGGUGGGUUUCACUUAAACUUUGCUACCAGUUCGCCCACGCAUGCGCAGAGCGUACUUGAUGACAUCCAGGCGGGUGGGGAGAACCUCCCCCCCCCGCCGUUACUACCGGUUCGCCCCGGUUCAACCCAUCGCUGGUCCUAGGCUUUCUCUUGCUCCAGUUGAAGGUAUCCCUUCUAAAGCUGGAGUCACUCAAAAGCUACGAUUUUACAUGCUUUACACGGGAGAAGUUAAACGGAUAAUAUUUUUGGGGGGGGGACGACCCUAUUUAUUCUCAACCAGAACAACUGGACCUUUAACAUUCCCCAUUCUGGGACAGGGGAAGGAUCCCCACAGUUAACGCUUCUGGAAUUGGUAGGAUGGUCCUGUCCAUCCAGCUUAACACACCGGUGUGAAGAAAACGAGAAAAGCUUAAGUCCAACCCAUUUAGCGUGGUUAUAUCAGCUUCCCCUCUCCAAGGUCGAAAAAGCCCUGUACCGCUAAAUACGUCUUUUUUUUUUUUUUUUUUUUAAGCUUUCCCUUUGUUCCAAGGUAUUUUAAAGAUGAAGAUUUCUGGCUUUUCGUUCAGUUUUGAGUUAUUGGUUUUAUUCCAAUUUUUGUGUAGCUUCUUCCCCCCCCCCCCAGAACCCGUACACGAAACAAAAUUGGAAAAGUUUGACUUUACGGAAAUGCUAUUGGAGUAUUGACUGGGGAAAGGCAAUCGGAAAAGAUGAAUUAAAUCCAUAAGCUGUUUAACUUAGAGACGUGACUUAGAGUGAAUUAUCUGCUUUUGACCAAUUUCUAAGCCAGUAGGUGCGGUUCAGUUGUUAAUUCUCCCAGUAGCUCUAUCCGUGAAAAACAGACGUUUGUUAAAAUAAAAUCUUUAUUGUCAGCGUAUGAAUGGGAGAGAGACAGAGAGGGAUGACUGCGAUUGAACAAUAAUUUUUAAGAAAGCCUUCUCAACAUGCCAGGCGCUAUUGUGGGAUUACAUCUCCCGUCAUCCCUGGGCCACAGGGAUCGAGGACAAACUGGAGAAGGGUACUCGGUUGGUUGGGGGAGACUUGAUUUAAAAUAUGUAUUUCCGUUUUUUAGAAAUACUUCAGGGAUUGUGUGAUGGUCUCCCAUCUCUCUGGCUGUUGAUGAAACUUUGUGAUUAUUAUUAUUAUUAUUUUUCUUCUUCUUCUAAAGCUUGGCCUUCUGUCCAUGUUUUUGCACCCGUGGCUGUCACAUGAUCUUAAAUGUACAUAUUCAUACCAAGGCAUUUCUUUCUACUUGAAAAAAAAAAAAGAAGAAGCAGCAGCGUAGGUUGCGUUCUUUAGGUACCUGAAAGGGGUCGGCAAAGAGGCCAGUUCAGUGCACGUGACUGAAGCCAAGCUUGGGUUUGUUUAAACCAUAGUUUGUUGAAUAAAUCACUGUCUGAGUUCA